AAAAAGCAACAACAUCAAAGGGUUCACAACCUUCCUGUCCUAUCGAGGGUUUUACUAGGGUUUUGCGGAUCCUCUAAAACCCAAAUCAGUAUCAUUCCCAAAUUCCUACAAUGGCCUUCGUCUCUGGCAUUCGACGCGUUCUUGGUGGAGGAUCUUCCACUGCGUCUUCGAUUCUUCAAUCUCACUACACUUCCAUUCGUUUCAAUACUACUCUUACUUCCCCUAAGCUCUUUAUCAGCGGUCUUUCCAGACUUACAACAGAUCAAAAGCUUCAAGAGGCAUUUUCUCCUUUUGGCCAGCUUGUUGAUGCAAAAGUCAUAACUGAUAGAGCCACUGGAAGAUCAAAGGGGUUUGGGUUUGUUUCAUAUGCAACCAUAGAAGAAGCUGAGAAGGCCAGAGAAGGAAUGAAUGCUAAGUUCUUGGAUGGAUGGGUUAUUUUUGUUGACCCUGCCAAACCAAGGGAGCCCAGACCUCCACCUCAGCCACAGCAAGAGCCUUCCGAAACUGGUUUCAGAACAAACAGGACUGUUGGAUGGUGUGGAUGAAUGUAUUAGAGGUUGUAGUGGAUCUCAUUGGGAUAUGAGGACUGUUUGAGACUAUACUACACAUUAUUAGCCAAUAUACAUGUUGAAUUGGUGAAAAUGGAACACUAUUGCAUUAACCAUUGAGAAAAGUGAAACUUUUUGACCUUUUUUAAUUCAAUGCAUAGUUGGUUUAUUGCUA